AACAGGUCUCCUUUAACACGCAAGCUGUUGCAUUAGUCGAAUAGCUUCAUGCAGUGUUUUAAUGUCGGGUUCGGGGUUAAUUGAGUCUGUCAGGAUGACACGUGACCUACCUGAGCUCGACAGGACAGGUAGGUUCACAUAGUUUCGCUCGAGUGAAUGUUGAAAGAGGCGCGAUCGAGACUAACAAGUACCUGCUGCGCGACUGCAGACGAGUCUCUGCGCACAUUUAGCUAUUUAUUUAGUUCUAAUAGCAAGUUUGGUCCGUGGUUUAUUUCGUCCGCACGUUUCCUGUAAGCCUCUCUGCCGAAAUGGAUGGCGAUUCGCUGUUUGGUGUCUCGGGUCUGAUUAUGGAGAACGGGAUCCGCAGCAGCUCCUGGAAUCCGUUCUGUUCAAACCCACAGGACUAUGAUGUGAAAACGGAGAACAAUGUGUUGCCAAACAUGACGAGUUUAACCAAAAGCAACGGCAUUCAUCAGACGCCCGAGUUCUCAGACGAUCCUUUUCCAGCUCCGGACUGGGUUUUGUUUCCUCCACCUGAUUUUUAUAAAGACGACACUGCGAGUGGCUUCCAGAGCACGUCAGCGGCAGGCACACGGAGUGAAGAAACAGACAUUUUCCAGCCUUUUAAAGAGAAAGCAGGCACUGGUGUGACACACAGCAGCUCAGCCAAUCAGAACGCAGAAUCCUGGCCUUCGUCCAAUCAGAGUGAUCCUCUCCUGGAAUUCAUCCUCUCCAGACAGAAGAAUUUCCGAGCUUCUCCACCACCAUCUGAAACCACCAGCGUUUUCCAAGAAGCGUCCGGUUUCCUCGAGACUCCUUCACUGUCCACCUCGCCGCUCGUUUCUAAUACCAACCCGACAUCUGACCAUAUUUACAAGACAUCCUCGUCCCACAUCGAGACGUUCGAUCCUCUGUUUGCCCCUCAGAAUGAAGUCCGGUCCAAUCAGAAGAGCAGUUACGAUCUACUGUCCCAUGUUGCUUUGCCAAACCGAGCCGCUCAAGAGACGUCAGCUUUAGCAACACCUUCCACAAGCAUCUCAAACGGAGAUCCGAUGUUCAGGAGGCGUCCGCCCAAAGCUGGUCCUCGCAGUAAACCCCCGAAGAGCCUCCUCCAGCCUCCUGCUCUCUCUCAGAUCACGACGGCUGCGAUGGAGAGCGAUCCGCCGGUUUAUGAGGACGUUCUUCUCAUCGGUCAGGUUUGUGUGCUGCAUUUUAGCCGGUCCCUGUUGGAAGAAACACCCUCAUGUGGAUUCAUAUUACGUUGUUAUGCAUUAUUUAUACAUACACCUGCAUGCUUCAAACAUGAUUUACAGGAAAGGUGUGUGGAGGACUGGCCUGAACACAGUCCAGAACUUUCUCCAGAAUGGAAACCAGCUGGCAAGCUCAGGCUUCGGAGAGACUCUGUGCGGAUUACAGAGGCGUCUGAUGGAGGCGCUGAUCUGAAGAGGAACGGGAAGCAGACUCUGGGAAGGAAACUGAGACACUCGCUGCUGAUCAGGAGGAGCUCAAAGGAUAAACCUGGAGAUGAAGUGAAGAGCUCCGAGACGAAUCGAGGCUCAAAGCUCAUUAACGGCACGGAUGAGUUUUUGGCUCCAGAUGAAGAAGAAGAAGAGCAGAAUGAAGCUGCCGAGUACAAAUCGAAGAAACCGUCAAAACCCAAGAUUAUUACACACCGCAGAGGCUCGAAGGUGAAAUCUGCUGAAGCUCCAGACUAUAAGGAUGAUUUAACGUCCUCAUGGAAACAUGCUGAUCUCGUGGCCUUGAGAGAGAAGAAAGCAGAAGAUGUGGACUGCAAACCAAAGCAGCCACAGAAAUUCAAGCCUUCUGUGCCACACCGACCAUCAAAGGAUACGUUUGCAGUUGGUCUGAAAUCAGUGAAUGGUCCUCCAUUGAUGGAAUCAAAGUCCUUCCCCAAAGAUCCCUUUCUGGAAGGAGAUCUGGAUCUUGGCGCUUCAGUCCAUGACAGUCAUCAGACACCAGAGAUGGACACGCAUCCAGAUGAGGAAGAGGAGACUGAUGGAGGACAGAAGUCGAAAAAGAAAGUGCGAGUUAAGUUUGUUCCUCACAGAGGGUUUGUCAUCGGUUUAUCCAGGGGUGACAAGACUAAUAAUGAAACCAAGGAGGGAAUACCACAUCUUAAGGACAGAGCUGACGCCGAGCUGAAGGGAGCUUGUGGAGUCACUCCUCAUCCACAUCUCAAGGACGAUGAGGGGUUUGGUGACCUGAAGGGAGCGUUUGGUUACGAUCCUCACCAGUUCGAGGGAGACACAUUACUGAAGUCUGAAGCCGGACGGAGUUGCUCACCGAACCAUGUUCAGGUUCAGACUGUUUAUUCUCAGAGAGUCUGA